AUGUCAGACUCCAUCCCAAUCACCGUCGAAUUUACUGGCGGGCUUGAGAUUCUGUUCGCUAAUGAGCGCCAACACAAGAUCAGCCUACCUGCUCGAUCAGGAGACGGCAAUCCUUCGAAUAUUGCAUAUCUACUUCAGUACUUGGUUGACAAUCUGAUGAAGGACCAAAGAAAGGACAUGUUCAUCAUGGAGGAUAACGUUCGACCAGGCAUUCUUGUAUUGAUCAACGAUGCAGAUUGGGAACUCGAAGGCGAAGAAAACUACGAAUUGCAACCAGGGGACAACAUUGUAUUCGUGUCAACGCUGCAUGGUGGUUAG